UGCCCGGCUGCCGUCAUCCGACUCUCACGCUUUCUUACUGUGACCUCAGGCUUUCGUCGGACCAGGUGCACGUCUAGUAGCAUUUAGCUUCAAAGAAAGCAGUUGGGAGAUUAUCAGAAAUACACUAAACUGACUGUGGGCUUCACCGUGUCUUCCAGCGACUUGUUCGCCGUGCGUACAGCUGACAGUAACCCGACAGAGAGGAGCAGCUAGCGGGAGACAUGGCCACUAUCGAGGAGCUUUCCCCCGCUGCGGGCCCGGUGUCUACCCGGCCCCCCGAGGACGAGAUUGACGACGAUGAAGAUGAAGAUCUGGAUGAGACUCUGGUGGAGAGGUUGUGGGGCCUGACAGAGAUGUUCCCUGACACAGUUCGCACUGCUGCCGAGGUUUCUGCACAGUGCUCUGUCUCACUGGCCAAGAAGUUUUACAGUUUUUCCCGCUCGGCCCUCUGGGUGGGCACUACCUCCUUCAUGAUCCUGGUGCUGCCUGUGGUGUUUGAGACGGAAAGACUACAGCUGGAGCAGCAGCAGCUACAACAGCAGAGACAGAUCCUGUUGGGUCCCAACACUGGAAUGUCUGGUGGGAUGCCGGGCAUGAUGCCUCCUGCUCCUGGGAAGAUGUGAGGAACAGGAAGCCUGAGAUCUGCUGCGAUAACAAACCAUAAUGUGGAGACCGGCCGAGAGGAGAGACAGAGAGACCAUAGAGAAGGGCGAAGGACUGCAGUAAUAAAAAAUAAAAAGAAGAAAAAGCUGUGUGCCAACCACGCAAACCUUAGGCUCACUCCUGUGUGUUGCGUUGGCUAAGAGGAGGAGGAUGUGAUGCGUGUCUGACGCUUCUCUCUCACUGUCUCUCUUUACUCCAACAUAAUGCAGAGACUGAUUUGCAGAAGCACUGUGCUUCUAUUUUCUUUUUUCUUUUUUUAAAUGAAUACUUCUAUAACAUAAAUAAUGUGUUCUCUUAGGGGUUAACAGGUACAGGUGGAUAAAUGAAACGAAAAAAAUCUGGAGGUUACCAAUAUGUCUCAGUGUUUGCAGUCUGAAGAAUGUUAAGUUCUGUCCAUCAUCAUGUGCUUGCUGGUUUCACUUGUUUGUGGAGAAUUAUGCCAACAGAAUAUGUGACAGACAGGUCAGAUGCCACAUGACAAGGGGAGCAUACUAUAAUAUUAGUUUAAUAUACACAUUGGCCACUGGAAGUUCUAUGAGUUACAUGACGCUCUUUUCUACAUGGUGCGUUUCUGUCUAUUUGUCACAAUUCACCAUUGUACUGUGUAUGUAUAUCAAAGUGCAAUCUCACUUGAAACUGGCCACAGCAAUUGAUUUUUAGAAAUAGUUUUCUGGUUUUAAACAAUGGAUUGUAUAAGUCGACGACACCAGAUUUCAUGCUGUUCAGAGAUUCAAAGAUUGCUGUGUUGUUUUGCAUUGGUAGCAUGUGAAGUUAAGACAGGAGACGCCUCAUAUGUCUUUGGACAAGUGUGGUAGCGACGAUUGGUAACGUUUUGAUGCUAAAUGUCUGAAUGUUACUACGUACGGUCUUUAGAGAAUGUUAUUUUCUUUUCUCUGUUGUCGUUCAUGUGAACAUUUUCCGAUCUCUUGCCUCUGUUCACUAAACAAAUCCAUGUCUCUGUUCUGUGUUCAAUAUGACUGCGCUAUUAAAACACCAAAUCAAAUGGAAAA